AUGACUUUGAUAUCUUUGAUCUAUACAUCCUUAAUCCAUACUAAUGUACAUUAUUAUCAUGGUGAACUGAAAGUCACUCGUUUUUGUGGCAGCGAUGCGGGACUCGGCGAAGGAGUUUGUCGAGGUGAUGUCUUUUGUGGCAGAAUAGAGUUUCUGUCACGGCGUUGUUGGAUCCUCAAUUCGCGUUCUUCCUGUUGCAACUGCCGCUUGUAUCUCGUAAGCUGCUCUUUGCGCUUCCAAUGCAGGCGCUCCUUGACUGAGGCACUCUUGCGCUUAACCGAGGGCUCCGGUUCGAUUUCCGGGUCUAAUGGCCGCUUUCUACAGGAUUCAUGGUCGGAAGUCGUCCCUUCCUCCAGAUGGACCAAACCGCUGAACUCGCUGAAUUCGCUACACUUGCCCAAACUUGCAACGGAACCACUAUUUUUGUUCUGUUUUAUAGCUGUCUCUUCUGCAACUUCUCGAGCUGGAUGA